CCAAAAUUCUUAUCUUGAUUGAUUUUAAGAUUAAAUGUUUUCUCCCAGAUUUUUUUCAGCAAAUAAUUGGGUGCACUGAAGAAUACCGAAACCUGCCACUCCUGACGCUCUGGCUUGGGCCUGUACCCCUGGUGGCCAUUUAUAAUGCAGAGAAUGUGGAGGUGUGUAAGUGGCCAAGGUAAUUUUAACUAGUUCAAAGCACAUCGACAAAUCCUCUAUGUACAAAUUCCUAGAACCGUGGCUUGGCCUAGGACUUCUUACAAGUACUGGAAACAAGUGGCGCUCUAGGAGAAAGAUGUUAACACCUACUUUCCAUUUUGCAAUUCUGGAAGAUUUCUUAGAUGUCAUGAAUGAACAAGCAAAUAUUUUGGUUAAUAAACUUGAAAAACACGUUAACCAAGAAGCAUUUAACUGCUUUUUUUACAUCACUCUUUGUGCCUUAGAUAUAAUCUGUGAAACAGCCAUGGGGAAGAAUAUUGGUGCUCAGAGUAAUGGUGAUUCCGAGUAUGUUCGAGCAGUUUAUAGGAUGAGUGACUCGAUACAUCAGAGAAUGAAGACACCCUGGCUCUGGCUUGACUUUUUGUUCUGUAUGUUUAAAGAAGGGCGGGAGCAAAAAAGGAGCCUAAAGAUCCUACAUAAUUUUACCAACAGUGUCAUCACCGAACGGGCCAACGAAAUGAAGAGAGAUGAACAGGGUAAAUGGGAUGACAAGGACUUUCCGACCCGUAAAAACAAAUGCCGGGCUUUUCUUGACUUGCUUUUAAAUGUGACGGACGAUGAAGGAAACAAGCUAAGUCAUGAAGAAAUUCGAGAAGAAGUUGACACCUUUAUGUUUGAGGGCCACGACACAACCGCAGCUGCAGUAAACUGGUCCUUAUAUCUAUUGGGUUCUUAUCCAGAAGUCCAGAAAAAAGUGGACAAUGAACUGGAGGAAAUAUUUGGGAAGUCUGAUCGUCCUGCUACCUUGGAAGACCUGAAGAAACUUAAAUACCUGGAAUGUGUUAUUAAGGAGAGCCUUCGCCUUUUCCCUCCUGUUCCCUUCUUUGCCCGUAAUCUGAAUGAAGACUGUGACGUUGGGGGUUACAAAAUUGUGAAAGGCUCUCAAGUAAUCAUCGUGCCCUACGCACUGCACAGAGAUCCAAGAUACUUCCCUGAUCCUGAGGAAUUCGUGCCAGAACGGUUCUUGCCCGAGAACUCGAAAGGACGCCAUUCGUACGCAUACGUGCCCUUCUCUGCUGGACCCCGCAACUGUAUAGGUCAAAAGUUCGCCAUCAUGGAAGAAAAGACCAUUCUUUCUUGCGUCCUGAGGCAUUUCUGGGUAGAAUCCAACCAAAAGAGAGAAGAACUUGGUCUGGCCGGAGAGCUGAUUCUUCGUCCAAGUAAUGGAAUCUGGGUCAAGUUGAAGAGGAGGAACACAGAUGAAUCCUAACUGUGUAAUUGCAUUGAGCUGUGCUCUUAUCAUAAAAAGGGUCUUUCUUUGAAGGAAACCUUCCAUUUACAAUUUGUAGGUCAUGAAUUCAAUACUCUCAAUCCCUUGACCUAAUUUUUUCUUGUUCCUACUUAACCUUGGGGUCAAGUCUACCAAAGAAGAGUUUUAUAUUCUCAUCACCACCAGAGCUCUUACCCCUGGUCUUGAUCCCAUAAGUAGAGUCCACUGAUGACUGUACCCAAAUACUUCCAUAACAAACUUCCCAACAGAGGCAUCCACAGGCCAAGUCAGUUUCAACCAACAGACCCAAAGGGUGUAAUCUAAUUGAAGCUCCAGAAUAUUUUUAAGGUAUGCUUGUUGACUUGGGAAUACACAUAUGCAUGUAUAUAUAUACAUUUAAUUUAAAAAGGGUGAAUAGUUUAGUGUUUAGACUUAAGGAGCUUAAUUUUUAAAUAUUAUAUCAGUGGCAUCAGUUAUGAGAAGAAUAAUUGUUAUGGUACCUCUCAGAUUUUAUCACCUACAGUAGAUCAUUGGACUGUGCACUUACAGACUUCCUUUCAUUCCUCAGAGCAUCACAAUUACCUUUCUAUAUCAUUUGUUAUUGGGAGAGGUUCCUGUUGGUAAUCUCUAGCCCCUCACUGUGUCUCAGGGAGUUGAUGAACGGCUUUUGGAGCUGGAAGGCGCUUAGAGCAUCGGGCUCUAUCUGUGAGUUCUGCAUCCUCAGAUUCAAACAACUGCUGAUUGAAAAUAUUAAAAAAAAAAAAGUCCAGAAAGCUCCAAAAAGCAAAACUAUUUACAUAGCAUUACAUUGUAUUUACAACUAUUUACAUAGCACUUACGCUGCAUUAUGUAUUGUAAGUAAUCUAGAGGUGAUUUAAGGUCUGUGGUUGGAUGUGCUUAUCCAUAUGCAAACACUUCUCCAUUUUAUGUAAGGGACUUGAGCAUCCAUAGAUUUUUGGAUCCGUGGAGGGUCCUAGAUCCAAUCCCUUGCGGGUACCAAGGGAUGAAUGUACUACUGCACUCCCUUUUAUUAGAAGGAAGGGAAUGAAAUGAAAGGGAAGGCAAAUUUCUGCUGAAAGCCAUGCCACUAGUGGGUGACAGGGCUGAAAACAGAGGUCUUUACUCUAAGUCUCUCCACUCCCAAUAUGAUGACAUGUCUACAACACGCUCUUGCUUAAUGGAACUCAGGUCUACAACUAGAUGUGUCAUUAAAACACAGACCUUCUGCCUCUGAUUUUGGAAUAACUCUUCUAGAAUUCUUCCAUUGUUAAAGGAAAAGAGAAGCCAUCCAUCUAUUUUAAGUAACCAAGGAAUAUCUCCCUUAGUUUGGCAUUAGACUUCCAGUAAAUUCAGUCCUCCAGGAUAUGCCUGUGAAGCUAAUAAUUAACACCCAUUCCCUGAAUUUUAAUGCUACAGACGGUAACUCUACUCUCUCAGUACCUCUAAAAAACUUUUUAAUAAAUAAUUUUAAUAAAAUUGUUUCUUUAAUUUUUCCAAGGUGAUAGCUGAUAUAAACAACAAAUUAAGAGGAUAGAAUAAGUAUCCUUCAAUGGAUAUCAAAGAAAGGGGUUAUGAAACCAGGGCCAUUUGGGAAGCACCGCAGGCCGGGGCAAUGAGGACAGGGGCGGCAUCUCUAUCCACUUUAAUAUCCCAGAGAGCCCAGUGUAUUCAAGCCAGUCCCUAAGCUGAUGAGAAGCCAAGGAAAUAUACAAUGGGAAAAGGCUCCCAUCCCAUCGUGAACCUUGUUAUCUAGGAAGUGGACAUAUGCAGAAAAUCUUGUUCCCAGAUGACUUUGGAUAAUUGGACUUUUAUUUGUGGAAAUCAGUCUUGUUUCUCAAUUUUUUGCACUUACAUUUAAACCUUGUUUGUUUUUUUAAAGUGACUCUACAUUAGAUGUGAAAUUAAAUGUAAAGUAAAACAUUGCUAAAUGUUACCUUUUGGCCUCAAAAUCUUCAUUUAGCCCCAGAAUAAUCUGUUAUUCAUGUUUUAAUUGGAAAUUCUCUGAAACACUGUCAGAGUUGGAAUUGAGAAGUUAUGUCAUCAUUUGCAGAAUGGAAAUGCAGAUGCAGACUUUUUUUAAAUAAAAGGAUGAUCAAAUA